AUGACCGGGCCGCCGUCCUCUUCCUACCCCGGCCAGGUCCCGUCGCCAGCCGCCGUGAUUUCGCCGGAAAACGAGGAGAAAAGCUCCGGUUUUGACAGAAAAUUCGCCGGCUUCGUUCUCCGUCGUCCGGCCACCGAUUCCGGCAACGUAAGUAGCUCGAUCUACGAAUUGAAAUUCGGCCGGUUUCGGGAUCGCGAUUCCGGCUACUUCCGGGUAGGAGUCUUGAGCCGUGAUUUGUGGUUUUUCCGGCGAUGGGUUAUCGCUUUGGACACCCACGCUCUGCCGGCGCGUGGGCGGUGCGUGGGCACUGUAGCUGAGGGGGAUUUUUGUCCCAAUGGGAUCCUCAGGUUGUCAUGA